UGUUUCUGGUCAACUCCUGGUUGUCCUCCUGGGGUCUGUACGGCCUCUGUGUGGCGGCAGCCUCCACGCUGCACUACUUCCUGCUGGCGUCCUUCACGUGGAUGGGCUUGGAGGCCGUCAACAUGUAUUUUGCUCUUGUUAAAGUCUUCAACGUCUACGUCCCCUCAUACAUCCUCAAGUUCUGUGCUCUGGGCUGGGGGAUUCCUCUGGUAAUCUGCAUCCUGGUUCUCAUUGUGAAUCGAGAUGCAUACGGCCCUGACCUCUACACAGACGCCGGGUCCGCUUUCGAGUCUUUGGACACCUCUGGCACCUUCUGCUGGCUUCAGGAUGAUGUGGUGUAUUUUGUGUCCGUGGUCGCCUACGCUGGGUUGAUAUUUCUCUUCAACAUCGGGGUCUUUGUGGUGGUUCUGAUUCAGAUCCGCCGCAUGCGCUUCAACAGCCCGGCGGGGACCCGGCGAGGGCUCCUGCAGGACCUGAAGGGGGUUGCCAGUCUCACCUUUUUACUUGGACUGACAUGGACUGUAGGCUUUUUUAACUGGGACAGUAAAGCGAGGAUUUUCCUGCUGUACCUGUUCGCCAUACUGAACACCCUGCAAGGAUCUUUUGUCUUCCUGUUCCACUGUCUGAUGAAGGAGAACGUGAGAAAACAGUGGAGGAUUUAUCUUUGCUUUGGACGAUUCCGACUUGAGGAGCACUCUGAGUGGAGCAAUUCAGCAUCAGUCGGAGGUCUCGCAAAGCCCAGAGAAAAGUUUCUAAGAGCAGCGAUCCCAUCGGUCCGUUCCGUCAAGUCCAACUCCACGGACAGCACUUCGGCUUCUUCUGACUCCAGCCAGAGAGACUCGUCCUGCAGGAGGCCAAACCUCGAUCUUUUUGUGACCAGCCUGGUUCUUCCUCGAGCGCAGACCGGAGCCCCGGAUAAAGAAGAUCUGUCUUCCUACAGGGGAUGAACCUGACGCAACGCGAAAACAAUUACCAGUGUGACAAUCGGUGCACGUCCCAUUAUUUAACAGCAGCCUAAUGCCGCUUUCAGAGCAAGACUUCCUGAUUCCUCGGUUAAAGCAGUGCAACGCAGCAUCGGCGUCAUUAGCUAAUUCUUCCGCUCAGUUCUAUUGUUAGUUUUGUUUCCGUUAAAUAUUGUAAAAGAGCCUGUAAUUUCGAAGAGUCGAGCAAUUGCAUCAGUACCAAGGAGGAGUUGGUUGCCAAGCAACUGGUGAGCGGAGCGAUGGUGACAAUGAACUGUGGAACAUUUUGUGGAAAAGAAAAAUUAGAAAAUGGCAAAUUUAUGGAGACAGGUUGGCCUCUUAUUAAAUGUUUUGAUGAUU